CAAUUAAUGCCUCUUAAUAUUUUGCAAUAGCUUUUACGGUAAACGAUAUCAUCCCAAUGCCUAUUAAAGAACUCCAUUACCGUAACAAGGCUCUUCAUCUUCCGAUAUAUGUUGGGAUUCUCAAGAGUCAUUAGCUCCUGAUGUAUGACCUAUAUAAGCGGCAAAGCUUUCUUAGUGUUGUAACGCAAAUCACAACGAAAACACUGACUUGAUUUUGCAAAUGCAGCGGACUGUACUUUGUUACUCACGUUUAUGUCGCCGAUUUGUGAGGGCGGCGGAAGAUUGAGAGGUAGGGCGGCGGCUGAUUGUUAAUGCCACAAAUUGGCAAGGGAGAAUGGAGGAAGGUUAGUCAGGGUAUGUCAGGGCGGCAACCGUCCACGCACACGCCCACGCAAGGGAAAAGACGGAGAAGUUUCUGAGGACUGAAUCGUCUUCUUCAUGAUAACCUUGAUUGAUUACAAAUGGGCAAUUUCCAUUAUACAAAUGCAGGUUAGUGAAACACUGGAACCUCUAUUUUAAUGGCAUAAGAAUUAUUAACUCAAACUAAUCACUUUUGUUCUUCAAAUGUUAGGCACACAUUCUUUGCAACAAUCAUACAAAGUUAAUGAAUCAUUUUGCAAGUGGAAUAACAAAAAAGGGCAGAAAUGAUUAUCUGAUUGUCAUGGCAAAAACUUCAAGUAGAUGAGCAGGAGAUGAGCAAUAGUAACUCAUGGGGCCUGAAUCUUAUAAUUAUUAUUGUCCUGGGUGGUUCGUUUUUUCUCUUCAGUUUGUCAAGCCACACUUUUGGAAGACAAUAUCGCCUGGUAAUGGGAUGGUGGCCUUUGAGGCGGAGCAUACAGGUACAACAGAUCGGUUUUGAACAGCAUGGGCCAUGGCUCUUCGACAAGGCAGUUGCUCCCUUCCUAGCAGCGACCUACUUGGUGGUUGUGAAGAUAGAAAACUACCAGCUCUUUGACCUCCAAAUACAGUGCUUAUUUUUUUUUGCAUGUGGUAUACAUAACUAAAAAGUAUACUCUAUAUUUAAAAUCAACUACCAUUUACUUUAAUAAAUUAAUGUAUUUAAAAUUUGUAUUAUUAUUUUGUAUGUAUGAAUCUUUAAAGUAGUUUCCUUGAGUGUAUAUUGCAUUGUGGAAAGACUUUUAAGAAUGGAAUCGCACUAAAUCCGUGUUAUAUCUCUC